GCCAGACUAGUAGGGCACUAACGUGCGGCGCGUGAGUACAGUCGUACCACACACUACCCUGCGAUCACGUUUCAAGAUUCCAUCGGAUAUUGUUCAGCCAUGAUCUACGCGUGAUCUGGAUUCGUGGACGACCUCCGGAGGGCUCGAAAUCCUGUGGAUUCCGUGGAUCUAGCGAGCCGUCGUUUCUUCCCUUCCACUCCAGUCGUGUGUGGUGUGUUUCAUACGGGGUGUACGUUACUCUAAGUCCUUCUGGAAAUGCGGGUUGGUUUGGGGUUGGAGUGUACAGCAGUGGAACGCCUGGUUUUCUAUUCUUAGGGAGAGUGCGGUUUGUGUGUGUGUGUGUGUGCGCGGUCACCCGAGACGCCUGCCAGGCUAGGAGUUUCCCCGAGCUUUCACUCAGGCAGGAGGCACUCGUGAGUGAAGCUAGCGGUAUCAGCUGACCGGGAGCACCACGCCGGUAGGAAGGAGAGGACAGACACAGGUCUCUCUCUCUCUCUCUCUGACGACUCCUGCGGGCCGUGGCCUGGAGCGGGGCGAACCGAGAGCACAUGCGGGGCUAUCAUCACCCCGUAACGAACUGUUGACACCGCCCGGCCGAGGUUAGACCGUCCCUGCGCCCUACUCAGUCCUUCAGGAGGAGAGGGGAGGGUUGGAACCCGUGUCUCGUGCCUGGAAAUACACUUAGAGUAUACACACCACGCCGUCUAAGGAGCGAGAACGAUGCUGACCGUCUUGGCUUUCGUCUUGGCGGCCUGCGGAGGCGACUUGACCGUGACCUUGGCGUACGAACACGACGUCGCCUACAAUAACCUUCAACUUAAUAACCUUCAGAACAGGAUCAUUCUCGACCCCUGCGCCUCGAAAGAUGUUCUCGAGGGUGACAUCAUUCUGGACGACUGGGCCAGAGACUACCACACUGUCGAAUACCGCGAUGGUGGCUUCGUGUCCCGCAAAACCAAAAGCCACCGCGGCCGGAACGAACCGACAAGAAACAACAAACAGAAACUUCAUCCCUCGCGGCCGCGGAAAUCCAGACUCCGGCCGUCGGGAGCCCCUUCCAGGUCCUCCCGGGAGAGAAGAGCCGCCACUGCGGUGGAGUCACGCCUCUGGCCCGGCGGAGUCAUUCCUUACGUGAUCGACGCCGGGUUUUCUAAUGAGAGCAGGUCAGUUAUCCAGUCCGCCAUGACACACUGGCAGAGGAACACCUGUGUCCGCUUCCGCCCCAGAAUGCAUCAGGACUUCGACUACGUCUUCUUCCAGAGGGGCAGAACGUGCUGUUCGUUCGUCGGUCGUACGGGAAACGGGAAGCAGACGGUGUCUGUCGGACCGGGUUGCGACAUGUUCGGGAUCGUGUUGUACAAGAUCGGGCACCUGACAAAACAGUCCUAUCUCGUCUUAACAUUGAGUAUAACUCAUAGACUUAUCUGUAUCAUGCUGCCGAGGUGCUGUUCGUUUGUGGGUCGUACUGGUAACGGGAAGCAGACGCUGUCUGUCGGGCCUGGUUGCGACAUGUUCGGGAUAAUGUUGUGCUGUUCGUUCGUCGGUCGUACGGGAAACGGGAAACAGACGCUAUCUGUCGGGCCGGGUUGUGACAUGUUCGGGAUCGUGUUGCACGAGAUCGGCCACCUGAUCGGGUUCUGGCACGAGCACAGCCGGCCCGACCGGGACGACUUCGUCAACAUUCUGUACGAGAACGUCAAGGACGGGGAGAGACACAACUUCGAGAAACUCUGGAAGACACAGAUCAACUCCCUCGGCCAGCGCUACGACUACAUGUCCAUCAUGCACUACGGCUCUCGUUAUUUCACGAAGAACGGGCGCGAGACUUUGAGCCCGAGACAGAGCAACGUCAUGAUUGGUCAGCGGACGGCGCUGAGUCAGAUGGACAUCGUACAGGCAAACCUGCUCUACAAGUGCCACAGAGUAACAGAUUGCGGAGGUACGAUAUUCGCCAACAGCGGAAACUUCACCUCUCCGAACUACCCGAACGAGCUGCCGUCCAACAUCGGGUGUGCGUGGAUCAUCACGUCAGAGGAGGGCAACACCAUCACGCUCAACGUCACGGACAUGGACCUGCAAGGAGUGGAGGAUGGCGGCGAAUGUCGCAACGAGUACAUCGAAAUCAGGGACGGUAUGGGCGAAUUGGCGCCUCUGAUUGGCCGUUUCUGUGGCAACGACACACCCACCUCCAUCGCUUCCAGCGGGCGGAGCCUGUGGCUGCAGCUGGUGUCCCGUGGUCCACCAGUGCCUCCUGUCGAUGGAACGACGCAUUACAGCGUGUCGAGAGGAUUUGCGGUCAGUUUCGAGCCAGGAGGGGUGUGCGAGCGGACCCUGACCGAGGCCACGGGCCGCAUCAAGAGCCCCAGCAACAUCGAGACGUCACUCCAGGGCAUCGACUGCGCAUGGCAGAUCGUCGUACCGGAGGGGUACUACGUGGCACUCACCAUAGAAAAUGUGCAACUUCCAGGUUAUGACAGAUCUGACCACCAGUGCCAUCUGCACUUUGUGGAGAUUCUGGACGGAAACUCCUCCGACUCCACAACCAUCAACCGACUGUGCCACUCCAGCCAGGGGGUGGGCCUCAUCUCAUCCGGCUCGCAUCUCAGGAUCAUCCUCAAGUCCAGCCCCAGUCUACAACACGCCUCCUUCUCAGCGUCUUACACCGCUAUCGACAUUGACGAGUGCAUGAGUAAUAACGGAGGUUGCCAGGAGGCGUGUCUGAACCUGGACGGAGGGUACGCGUGCGGCUGCUCCUACGGGUAUGAGAUCGCUCCGGACGGGACUAGCUGUGUAGGUAAUGUACUCUCACUUUCUUACUCGAUAAAGAUAUGA